AGAAAAAAUUCUCAGUUCCUAGUUCGUACAAGUAGUUGAUUGAUGUAGUUUGUGUUUAUAAACAAUCGGUAUUUUGAUCGUACCGAAAUAAUCCAGUAAAAGUAAUAACGAAAAUUUUCAAUCACGAUAAUGCCUCGUUAUAAAGAAAGAUUCCGAGAGGACCGUGAAGAUCGUGAAGACCAUGGAGAUACGAGGAGGCAUGAGAAAAGAUACAAAGAUCGUUCGUACGAAGAAGUACGAGAUCAUCACGAACCGAAAGGCCGUGACAGGUCUCGGUCGAGAGUAUCAAACUCCAAUCGAAACGAGAGAGUCGAGCGGAAUGAUAGGAAUGAAAGAAUACAGAGAAACGAUAGGAAUGACAGAAACGAUAGAAACAACAGACCCAACAGGAACGAGCGAGGGAACAGGAACGAGUGGAAUGACAAAAGAAGACAGAGCUAUCCUGAGGUAAAAGCAAAGAAUGAGCCUUCCCCGGAGUGGGGUAGUCGCAAGCCCAAGAACGAGGAAGAGCCCGAAGCAAAGCCGAUAGAAAAGGAGAAACCAAAUUUUGGAUUAUCAGGCAAAUUAACGGAAGAUGCAAAUAUGGUUAACGGAGUUGUAAUAAAGUAUUCGGAGCCACAAGAUGCGAGGAAGCCAAAAAGGAGAUGGAGGUUGUAUCCUUUUAAAGGGGAAAAAGCUUUGCCAACGCUGUACGUACACCGUCAAUCAGCAUAUCUUAUGGGAAGAGACAGAAAAAUAGCUGACAUACCUCUGGAUCACCCUUCCUGUUCGAAACAGCAUGCCGUUCUCCAAUAUCGCCUCGUAACCUUUCAGCGUGAGAACGGUGGGGAAGGGAAGCGUCUCAGACCCUACCUCAUUGAUCUUGAAUCAGCGAAUGGUACUUUUGUCAAUAACGUUAAACUUGAACCCAAAAAAUAUCAUGAAUUGUUGGAACGCGAUGUACUCAAAUUCGGCUUUAGUUCGAGGGAGUACGUUCUGCUUCAUGAACACAGUCGCGAUGAUGCUCUCGAUGACGAUGUCUCGUUGGCACCAACCACCGAUACGUAAGGAAAGAGAGUUCAUAGCGAAAUAUAAAAAAUUCGAAACUAUCGUUGUCCCUGUACUUUACGAAUUAGUCCGAGGACUCACCAAUUCGAAGCUUGUGAUAUCUCGUCUUCGCAUCUUGUAUAUACGUUCUAGCUGUUGAAAAUUUAACGAUUGAGCCCUAGGCGCGAUAUAUCGCAAGGAAAAUAUCGUGAGGCAGUAACGAUUCCGCAUUGUCAGCCAAUCUGAAGUCUCAGCUCCCAAUUUCUUCGUAACUUUUAUGAAUAAGAAUUUUAUCGUAUCAGAAGCAUCGAAGUAGCGAUUCUCCAAAUGUCUCAUGCAAUCAUGUCGAAAAAUAGGGAAAUUUCAAUUCCGACGCUGAACUGCUGUUCUCCCCGUCGAACAAUGGAUCUGAGAAACGGCGUUCUCGUGUUAUUUUUCUAUAAAUGAAUCUCGGUGUUAAACUGCAAGAGAUACAAAAUGUAACACACUCCCGAGUUUUUUAUUCAAUAAUUUUGAAGAAACAUAAGACGAGGCCAUGGUGAGGCCAAAUUUAUCAACUCGCAUAAAUAAAGUUUCCCGAAAAGUCUCCAACGUAUGGGAUUCGAGAUAUCAAAAUUUCUCUACGCAUUGAAAUAUUCAAGAUUCAUUAUGAAAUCUUUAGAGUGGUGUUUUUGGCUGCCUUUUUUUAAGCGUUCGAAGUUACGAUUACAUUUUUCUUCUCGUUUAGUUUCGUUAUUGAUAUAGGUCGUAAUUCAUAUUGACGAAAAAGGACUAAGAAGAAUAAUUGUAUUGUGAUAAGAAAUGUAAAUGACCGAAUGGAUAUAAAUAUAGAACUUAUAUUUAGUAAACUUA